CUCUGACAGGGAUCUGCCACCUUGGACCCGCGUCACGUUCCCGUCGCCAAAACCUUUUGGCAGAGCUUCCCCAAGCAACCAGCAAAUCUGCCAUCUGCAUUGCCUUUGCGACUUCACCAAAGAACACGGCUCGCCAAGCAUCUCGAUAUCGACGACCUCGGCAGCGCCAUUCCAACAAGCGCGACUUGCUGCGACUCCGAGUCACGAGCUUCAAGAACUUGUGGUGGCUGGUGUGGGAGAGAUUGGCGCAGGGCAUGACGAUCGACUAGAAGAAAGAGAUUGAUACUAUUCCAGUAGCCUAGCCUGUUUGUCGCGCGACCUCAAAUGCUGCAUCUGCAUCUGCAUCUGCAUUCUUCUCCCGCACGUUCCCCUCCUCUGAUGUCGUCCGCUUCGCUCGUGCCUAUCGCUCGUCCCACGCAUUGAGAGAUACCACCAUCUAUAUCUAUCUGCCUGCCAUUGCCGCCUCGUCGACGUCAUGGCUACCUCGUCGGCCCUCUCUGUGCCAGACCAGAUCCGCCAGCUCAAUGAUGCCCGCAAGCUGGUCCUGGGCGACGUCAAGUACUAUCCAAGCGUGGUCAGAGGCAUCCUGCCCAUCAUUGGGCCCACGGCGCCGAUAGAGCUGCGACGAUGGGUCACUGAUUUCCUGGCCGAGGCAUUUGCCACGCCGGCGCUGCCCAAUUCCGAGAAGGAGACGAUGCAGCCAUAUGUGUUGACGACACUGGAGUCGCUGAUUGAGCACGAGGGUGAUGCACAGGUCCUGAGGAAUGUGAUACAGACGGCAGCGAGCAUCUAUCCGCUGGCCAUGAGGUGGAUCAUCAACAACAGCUACGACACGGUGACGUGGGAGAGGAUGGUGAGUAUCAAGCAGAAGAUUUUGCAGCUGUGGGACAUUGUCCCUCCCACGGUGAGGAUAUGCUGCAUCAAGUUUGCCCAGCGAGUGGUGCUGGCGCAAAGCGUUGCUUCGGGCGCUGAACACAGGUAUGGUGGCGGACUGGAUGUCUCUCUGGACAAAGUGCCGCCCAACCACCAGACGCUCGAUCCUAGAACUCUCGAGGCAGAGGCAAGUGGGCUGUUGGACCGCAUGUUGAGUAUAUUACAGGGGAACAACGAUGGUCUUCUUGUAGAUGCGACUUUGAACUGCUUGUCCAUCAUGGUGCGGACUCGCCCGGCUACCUCCAGUCGGAUCCUCAAUGCAUUGCUCAACUUCAACCCUCUACAAGCCGCCAACUCGCCAUUGACCCCCAAAACCAAGGUGAUGAUCAAGUCCAUGGAAAAGACGGCACGGCUGCUAUUGAUUCACCUGAGUAAGCGAGACCCCCACAACCCAAUCGUGCCUAGAAUACAGCAGCAUGUGGAGGGCACAAUGCGUAUGGUAGCCGAGCUCUUCGACAGUGCUGGCCGGAAAAGACCUCUGGAGCCCAAGCCACAAGACGGAUAUGAUGCCAAGCGCCCACGGAUCGAGGCUUCCCAGAUCCAGAUCCCCCCCUUGGGCCCAGGCCCCCAUAGCCUGGCCGACGUCUUUACCCUUAUUGGCAACGAUGGACUCAAGUUCUUCGACGUCUCUCAGGUUCCCCCCAGCCUCGUAGCCAGAAUUGCCGUGAAUACCCUGUCUAGGUUGGAUGCCCAGGUCCUCGCAAAGGCUGUAGAUGGCGUUCGCGGCCGACUGGAGACGCUGAACAAUAGCCCUCCAGCGGAGCUGAAUCCAAACACUGCGCCUUUGGGUGUUGACGAGGAUGAGGAUGACUAUGAGCCGGACUUUUAUCAAGCAGAGGAUACGGAGCAGAUCCUGAACAAGCUGGAUAGCGCCCCGGCACCAGCCGUGGCCGAACCCAGAAUAAGCCUGGACGACACGUUGGGGCUGAGAUCCUUCAGCCUUCCCCAGCCGCAGCAGUUGACGCCAGAGAUGGCUCUCAACGCGGGCAAUGGCACGGUAACGAGAGUGCUAGAGAUGAUGAAGUCUCUAGAUGAACCAGCAACGAAGAAGCAAAAGGCCGGAUUCAAUCGCCUUGCAGCGAGCUCCGAGAGCAGAGAUUCCUGGAUGACCAUUUUGGCACGUCUGGCAACACGGUCAUCGGCAGGGCUUGAAGAGAUAUCAGUCAAGGCCGAGGCAGACGACUCUAGCCGGCCGUCAUCCCUCAACAACGGUAUCAGGGAGAUUCUUUACAACUACAUCAUGGAAGACUUCCGAACGCACAUUGACGUCGCGGUAUCAUGGCUGUGCGAGGAGUGGUACAACGACAAGGUGCAACAAAAAGCCGGGGGCGACCAUCCGUUAUACUACGAGAAGUGCACGCUACGGCUCAUUGACGGCUUUCUACCGUACCUGCGCCCACAGGACAAGGUGCUGACGCGGUUUCUGAGCGAGAUUCCCGAGCUAAACCGGGCGAUUCUUUCUCGCGUGAAGCACAUGUGUCGAGAUCCAAGUGUGACGCAGUUGGCGUUGACGAGCUUGCUGUAUUUGGUGAUUAUGCGGCCUCCCAUCAAAGAGGCUGCUCUGGAUACAGUUCAAGAUAUUUGGACAGACUACGAAGAUGCUAGGUCUAUGGCCGGCAAAUAUCUUACCAAAUAUCGGCCACUAUUUCUAGAAAAUGCAACAAACCGCGAAAACAACGAUAGCCCGACACCAGCACCAGCAGGAGCUGCCAUUACCACAUAAACAAUGGCGCUGUACCUACUUACAGAAUGACUAGGAGAGGGGCCAGAUGUGAUACCAACAGCUUGAAAGAUGACAGUUCUCAGCAGCCAAGAAGCUGUGCAAGACAAAGAAAAAAGUAUCGGCUCGAAUGUGGGAGGGAUUCGUCACAGAAUGCAUGGCCAGAUCAUGAUUGGACAAAAUAGAGGGACUUUACUAAGUCGUAAUAGCGGCGUAGAACUUGCGUAUGAAAUCGGGGCAAGGCGUUUCGUUGACCGCCACGCGAACAUGAGAAAAGAUGGCGCGGAUAUCCGGGAUAUAAGAGAGAUGUGUAUGUAUAGGGAUGGUUUACCACGGAACUGCCCCAGUGUAUUGGAAGAAGGGGGCGAUGAAUAAAUUUUGUAUGAGGUUUACAAACGGGCAGAUGAAGAGUUUGGCGGGCAAAUAAAUACUAUACCUAGCAGUUAUUUGGACAAUACCAAUAUUAUACAGGAAUUUAUAUUCUGUAUCUACC